AAGUCAACUAUUUGGCGAAAUGAACUUUUCAACAAUUUUUUUUUAACAUUUAGAAAAAAAAAAAAAAAAUGAGUGAUUGGGGUAAUUACUAAUUGUGUAAAACUAAUAAAAGAGAGAGAGAAAAAAAAAAGCAAGUGCUGAUUAUUAAUGCAUGCAUGUUGUUCAUUCAAUUAAAUUUACAGAGGACGAAAUUGAUGUUGAUAUUGAAGUUGCUAUUCCUAAAAAGAAUAAAUGGGACGACGAAGAUGUUGAAGAAGAAGUAAAGGAUUCUUGGGAAGAAUUUGAUGUAGAUGACGAAAAGAAGGAAGAAGCUAAAAAGCCUUCACCUGUCAUCAAAAAAAAGGUUCCCUUAAAACAAAAGAUCGCUGAAAAAAAAGCAGCAGAAGAACAAAAACGAAAGGAAUUAGAGGCUAAAAAGUUAGCUGCUCAAGAAGAGCCCGAAGAAAGUGAAUAUGAACGUAUACAACGUUUACGUCGCUUAGAAUUAGAAGCUGAUAUGGCAAGUGCAACGGAACUUUUCUCUGGCGUUUCGAUUGAUGACAUGAAGGAUAAACCCUUGGAAGAAUGUAAGCCAAAGAAUCGUGUUGAAUUUGAUGCUUAUCGUAAACGUUUAGUUGACCUUAUUACUGCUUCAUCUAAAUCUAUUAAUUAUGGAUGGUUUAUUGAUGAAUUAUUGCAUGAUAUCGCUGUGCCUUUGGAACAUGCUGAAGUAAAGAAGAUUUCUUCAUCUUUAACUACAAUUGCUAAUGAAAAGCAAAGAGCUGCUAAAGAAGCAACCAAAAAGACAAAAGGUAAAUCUAGACCUCAAUUGGCUGCUGCAGGUAAAAAUGCUGCCGCAGAUGACAAAUACGUUGAUGAUUUUGAUGAUUAUGAUUUUAUGUAAAAAUAUUAUAAAUAAAAUAAUUAUUACUAUAAUAUAUAAACUUUGUUAAAAC